AUGAAAUUAUUUUUUUCGGGCUCUCCAACUGAGUCUGGGCUUUCUUCUGUGAGUUGGACUCCUUUUGCAGAUCGGAUUCUCAAUUGGUGUAGGCUUCUGACUGUUGUUGGAGUUGGAUUCCCAGUAGGAAAGAGCUUGAGAUUCCUUCUUGACCCGGGUUGUCCAACUUGUAUAAAUACAGGGCUUCUCUUCACUCUUUCUUACAUCGCAAACUUAACUUCUUUACUUUCUAGCUUGAGAAAGAUCUUGGAGAAUUUUGUACUGCUUGUCGAAGAGAGGAGUUGCCGUGCAUCCCAAAGCGAGGACCAGUUGGGUGGGACCAGGUUGGUUGUCAUCGUUACUGGCGCCAAAGACGAUUGGAGCGGCGGUGGCUGCUGGCGGCUGCUGAGCAACGAUUAG